UUUAAAAUUUCAUUUCCGGUUGCUGUAAGGUAUAAAGCUAGUCCGAGCAAGUCUUCAACUAUAAAAGGAGCAGGAGAGACAAGGACGGGUCGGAGAGAGGGAAAGAAUGUCUUCAGGACAGACAAGUCUUGAGCAAAUGCUUGGAGUCUAUAAAUGGGUGGUAGAUGAUGUCAUGAAGAAUGUGAGGGAGGACUUUCUCAACGAAGGAGCUGACACGCAAGUAUUGGAGGACCUCAAACAGUUGUGGGAGAAUAAGUUAGUACAGAGUGGUGCUCUUAGUCGACCUAUGAAACCUGCUGAGGCACACCCGAUCAAAGAAACGAUUAGCCAGGAUAAACAAAACAAGUCAACCCAACAGCAGCAGCAACAUUCACAGCAACCCACUUCCUCUACACCAGCCAUCACUCACUCUUCUCCUGCCUCUGCCUCUAAUACUCCUGCUGCCUCUGUAAUACAACAGGCUCCACCCCGCCCUUCACUUUCCUCGGCAAUGACCACACCCACUACAUCAUCGACUGUCAGUUUCACUCCUCCUCUUAACAGCUCAUCCCGUUCAUCGGGCGGGACUGGAGGCGUGUCUCAAGCCACACCCUCUCAGACUCCGCCCCAGAUUACAGGAGUUGGGGCUGCUAAUACUCCACCUUUUCUUAACAUGGCUCUUGCUCAACAAGCUAUCUACUCCGCUAUUACAGGGGGUACGGCUAACCCAGUGGGUGGAGCUGCAGCUACACUGCCUGUUAUGCUACCUGGUGGUGGUCUGUCCCUGGUUCAACAUGGCGGUAUACCGUAUGCUGCAGUUCCUACUCCAACUGGUCUACAAUACGUACCGAUAGCACUCAACCUACCUGGUACCAUACCUCCUAGCACUUCUAGCGAGACGAGUAGUUCUAAUAACAUCACUCAGUCAGAUGGACCACGCCCUUUAAUCCCUCCUGGCAAACACUCUUCAAAAGAGACCAAAGGAUCCGAUUCAAAUGAAGUAUCUUCUACUGAAGAUUCUUCUCUCCCUGUGAUCUCGUUUGAAUUACCAGCUGGUAUAACUCCCUCUCAUUUCUUCUCUUCUUCAAAGAGAAAGUCCCGGUCUGUCUCUCAUAGAACUGGUACUAAAGACCCCACUAGUAUACCUCAGCUUGAUGGACCCCCUCCUCCUCCUGACGGGAGCAGCAGUGAGGACUCUGAUGAAUCCUCUGAGAGUGACCCUGAUGAUAUUGAAGGAGAACAAGAAGAUGAUGAGGAUCCAUUGAAUUCCGAAGAUGAUGCUGAGAGUGAUGAAGAAGAUGACGUAUGGGAAACUGACAAUACCAUCGUCUGUCAGUUUGAGAAGGUGUAUCGUGUGCGUGCUAAAUGGAAAUUUGCUUUGAAGGAUGGUAUCAUGCAUCUGAAUGGUCACGACUAUAUAUUCACUAAGACAGCUGGAGAGGCCGAGUGGUGAGCAUUAAUUAGAGACAUCACCACGGCUCUUCCUACAUAUGUACGUGUACUGUUGGUUUGUGAUAUGUACAGUACGGUCAUAAUUAUUUCAUAGAAAUAUUUAAUAAUAAUAAUUACAAUAAUAAGAUAAUGUAAUAACACAGCAAUUAAUUUUCAUAAUAAUAAUAAUAAUAAACCGAAACAAAAAUUGGUUUUAUAAAUUGCGUUGUGCAAUACAAAAUAAUUAUAAUUCAUCAGUCAGUUAUUGCCUU